CAGGGCGGGGGGGUAGGGGGUGCGGCUCUUUAAGAACCACACUGCUGGCAGGAGAAGCUCAUGGCCUGGUGCUGGUAGCGCAAUGACCCGAAGGGGAUUUAGAGGGAAGGGAGCGGCCCGGCACCCGGGCUCUGUCCGGGGCGACCAGAGAGGGCGAGGCACCAGAAUGAGGAGCGACUGCGUCUUGAAAGGCCGCACAGAGGCGGCGGCGCUGCUGCUUUUGACUUCUGAACAGGGCUUAGAAAGCCUGCCCGGGUUAAGCAGAACUGCCUGUGCUGGGCCCCGAGCGCCAACUCCGCGGGCUCACAGUCCGCGGCCUCGGUGCUGGGAAGGCGCGGGAUGAGCGGGACACUGGGUUGGCCAGGAACCUGGCAAAGUUGCUUUUGGCUCUGCAGCCGCCUGACCCUAGCGCAGAGCUGCGAGCUUGACCGGCCACGCCGGGCAAGGCCAGAGAAAGAAUUUCCCUUUUCCAACUUCGUCUUUUUUUGGUUUUGUGUGCCCACUUCGCGCAGCUCUGGAGCCUACCGAUCCCAAAUGGAGUCUCAACAGGUGCCCGCCCAAGCGCGCGGUCCGCAGCAGUGCAGAGUCGCGAGCUACCGCGCCCAAGCCGAACCCGAGUGGAGCCGCUCUCCUGCGCCCCGCUCCCGGGCUUCCAAGAACCCUUCCGCCCCGCCAUCGCGUCUGGAGAAUGACGGGGGGGGGGGGGGGCAUGAGGACCCCCAGGGCUGGGGCGCGGGGAAGAUCUUACCUGCGGCAAGGAAACACAUCUGCAGAACUCCAGGAACUCACAAGGCCCCUCCGAGAAGCGUUUCCAGCCGCUGGAGAGCCUGUGCACACGCUCAUGCCCCCUCUAGCAUGUUAGAGGCUUGUGCUCCCGCUGACCUCAGAGAAGGCGGAAAGGUGGCUCUCGGUGGAGAGACACACUGUAAAACUCGGGACGACCCUGACCACCAUUCUUGGCAGAGCUCCCUGUCCCCACCAAGCUGGGGAGUAGCUAUUUCCAAAGGCCCGAGGAAGUGCACACGCUCAGUUGUAGUUUCAGUGUGUGGUUUUCAGUCUGCCUGCCCAGUCUCCGCGAACCUCCCAGACAGCAGCCACUGUGGUUUUCCAGCAGAAGAUGCAGGCACACUGGACACGGUGGAGCCCUGCCUGCCACUUCACCUCCUCCCCAACUCUCUCUCUCUCUCUCUGAAAGGAGAGGUAAGAGUCCAUCUGCUGACACACCUGGGGGAGAGACUGCAGCAGAAAGAGAGAAACGAGUAAGGAGACCCGACUCCUAAACCCCAAGUGCACCUUCCGUUCCCGGAGCUCAGGCUCAGGGCGCACACAGUGCCAAUGCGCUGGAGGGGCUGUCUCACCUCCAAAGGUGUCUUCACUCCCGGAGGGCCCCAGGUUUCCAGCCACAGCCCAACGGUGGGCCCGCACCCCCAAGAGGAGUUAUGCUGACGGCAAAAAUCCCAUACAUUUUUAACUACAGUGAUUACUAAAUUAAUAGCAGGCACUAAGACAGAUGUCAAAACGUCUUGAAAAUGUUUAUCUGUGAAUAAUUGAGAAGGUGGUGGGACGCAUUAUCUGAUUGUGUGAUGAAAUAUGUAUGAGGAACAGCUGUUUGCAACAGUCCCCUCCCGCCACCUCCUCAGCCGGGGCACUUCUCUUCCAAACAGGAGUCGCCGCGAUGUUGGUCGCCCACGUCCGUCCACUUGGGAGCCCGCCCCGCCCCUCCUGGGCUGCUGGUAGAGCUGUGGCUCCAGCACGCCCCAGAGCCACCCGGUUUCCUGACGGAGGACACCUGCGUGGAGUCGCCCCUCAGUCACGAUCUUUUGGUUUAGGGGGCAGCGCGAGGCUUCGCGCCUUCGGGGCGCGCCGGGGAGCCGGCCGGCGAGGCCCAAGGAGAGCCGGAACCCGGAGCCCUGGCGCGCGCCCACGGAGCGGUGCGGCCUGCUCGGAAGAGAAGGCCUGGGGCUCUGGGACUCAGCGGGGUGGGCCUGGGGUCACGGCGGGGUGAUCGGGCUCCCGAGCGGGCUUUGUCCGCCGCUCUGGCCGCCCUGGCGCACUUCCUUCCAGCCCCCAGCCGGCCCCCACGCCAGGCCUUCGUGCGGGCCUUGUUUGUUUUUCCAGCCCUGCGCCCUCCGCCCAGACACGCAAGCAGCCCUCGGGGCGACGUCAGCGGCUCCAGGCCUUCGGCCCCGGCUGGUGCAGGAGCGCUGGCCCUGCAGGAAGCGGACUGAGCGGGGAAGGAGCUUCUGGGAUUUGGGGGCAGGGGCCAGCUGGCCGGGGAGGUGGCCUAAUCGGGCGCAGGGCCUCGGUGGGCGGCGAAGGCCCAAGUCCGGGCCUUCGAAGGGGACGGGCGGCCUUCGAGGGGCCCCGGCCCCAGCCCGGCAGGAGAGUGGUGGCGCUGUGCAGCUGGAGGAGACGCGGUGAGGGGCCCCAUCAGGUCUCAGCGUUGUCAGCAACCUCCGGUCAAUCCGGUGACAGGCGUGUGGGCGUGCUGGUCUCUUCACUGCAUACCCAGCGCUUCGCACGGCAGUAGAACCGUGUCCUGCAGCUGGACCCUGGGCCUCCCCGCGCCCUCCGCCUCUGCGGCCUCCUGGCCCCUCGCCUUCCCGCGCCCGGGGACCCAUCCCUAGUUCCCGGCGCCCGGAACUCUCCGUCCCGCAGCCCCCGGCCGCGCUGACCCUGCAGGCGCCGCCGCUCCCGACCGCUCCUGGGCCAGCUGCGGAGGAGCUCGGCCAGCGUGGCGCUCGGGCACCGAGCGACUACACGGCCCCUGCCGGCUGACUCGAAGUCGAGAUGUGCUCGGGCGUUAUUUCUCCAGCGUCCCCCCUUUACCUAAUCCCUUAUGCUUUUAUUCUAAUCCUACACAUUACAGUUAAUCUGUAAUGAUACCGCUUCAGAGGAACCUGUUGCAUACGAGGCACGGUAAUUUGUAACCUUGGAAACAGUUUUAAAUAAAGAUUGUAACAGUGA